AUGUUUAGUUUUUUAAAACGCGAGACCAAGAACCAAGAGGUGGUUGAAAAUGUUAUCGGCGAACUGAAAAAGAUAUAUCGCAGCAAACUGUUGCCGCUGGAAGAGCAUUAUCAGUUCCAUGAUUUUCAUUCGCCCAAACUGGAAGAUCCUGAUUUCGAUGCCAAACCCAUGAUACUGCUAGUCGGUCAAUAUUCAACGGGCAAGACGACUUUUAUACGGUAUCUAUUGGAACGCGAUUUCCCCGGCAUACGUAUCGGACCGGAGCCAACAACGGAUCGUUUCAUAGCCGUUAUGUAUGAUGAUAAGGAGGGCGUUAUACCCGGCAAUGCGCUUGUUGUUGAUCCUAAGAAACAGUUCCGCCCACUAUCUAAGUAUGGCAAUGCAUUUCUGAAUCGUUUCCAAUGCUCCAGCGUAGCAUCGCCUGUCCUGAAUGCCAUCUCGAUUGUUGACACGCCUGGCAUUUUAUCCGGCGAGAAGCAACGCAUCGAUCGUGGCUACGAUUUCACAGGUGUUCUGGAAUGGUUUGCCGAGCGUGUCGAUCGCAUUAUAUUGCUCUUCGAUGCGCACAAAUUGGAUAUAUCCGACGAGUUCCGGCGUUCGAUUGAAGCACUCAAGGGGCACGACGACAAGAUACGAAUUAUAUUGAACAAAGCGGAUAUGAUCGAUCAUCAGCAACUGAUGCGGGUGUAUGGAGCGCUGAUGUGGUCGCUGGGCAAAGUGCUGCAGACGCCGGAGGUGGCGCGCGUCUACAUAGGAAGUUUUUGGGACCAGCCGCUGCGCUUCGAUGCGAAUCGUCGGCUCUUCGAGGAUGAGGAACAAGAUCUGUUCCGGGAUCUGCAAUCGCUACCCCGUAAUGCAGCGCUGCGCAAGCUCAACGAUCUGAUCAAGCGCGCGAGGUUGGCCAAGGUGCAUGCGUUUAUUAUUGCGGAGCUGCGCAAGGAUAUGCCCUCGGUGUUUGGCAAGGAUAGCAAAAAGAAGGAUUUGAUCAAGAAUCUGGGACAGGUGUACGAUCGAAUACAGCGUGAACACUCCAUAUCGCCGGGUGAUUUCCCAGACAUCAAAAAGAUGCAAGAGGUACUGCAACAUCAGGAUUUCACCAAAUUCCAUUCGUUGAAACCGCAUCUGCUCGACAUUGUUGAUAAUAUGUUGGCCAAGGAUAUAGCGCGUCUCAUGGAAAUGAUACCACAAGAGGAAAUGACACUUGUGCAGGACCCAGUUGUCAAGGGUGGUGCGUUCGAGGGCGUCAUCGAUGACAAUGUCUCACCAUUCGGCUACAUGAAGGGCGAGGGCAUCGAUGCUGGAUGCGGGGAGCACGAAUGGAUAUGCAAUAAGGAUAAGCCACGUACAGAUGCCAUCUUCAAUGGGCUGGGACCGGUCGAUGGCAAAAUCUCUGGCUCAACUGCCAAGCAGGAGCUCAUCAAAUCAAAACUGCCUAACUCUGUGCUUAGCAAAAUCUGGAAACUAUCUGAUAUUGAUUGCGAUGGCUUUUUGGAUAUUGAUGAAUUUGCGCUGGCAUUGCACUUAAUCAAUGUCAAGCUCGAUGGCUGUGAGCUGCCGACUGCAUUGCCCGAGCAUUUGGUCCCACCAUCAAAGCGUUUCGCUUAAUGCGGAAAUCAUCCACAAACCAAAUGGGGAAUAUUCGCACACACGAAAUAUAUUGCCUUCACAGAACGUUGGCAACAUAUUUAUGCUGCACUCGUGUUUGUUAUACGUUUUUCGUUUCGUAGAAACUUUUUUAUAUGUACUUUAUUUUGUCGUUUUAAAAAACUGUAACUUAAAGAAAUAUCGGAGGAAGCAAACACAAACUAUUUUUGGAUAACAAAUCAAUUUUAAAUUGUAAAGCUAAAGGAAUUACAAAUAUAUAUAACAA